AUGGUCUAUCAGGGGAAGCCCUCGAGGGGCUGUCAGAUGUGCCGCACUCGCCGCAUCAAGUGUGACGAGACAAAGCCCACAUGCAAGCAGUGUGCCAAGUCUCGCCGGCAAUGCCCCGGAUACAGAGAUGAGUUUGACCUGGUGUUUCGCAACGAGACCCAGGCAACGGAGAAGAGAGCGCAGCGGGCGUCGAAAAAGGCCCUCGCGCAGAGGAUGAGCAAGUUUGCCGCCACCUCGUGUGGCCGCAAGAACCAGCAGACUCCCUGGACCGGCCUCUACACACUGCUGCAGAAGCCGCAGAUGGACCUCGAUGGCCAGGUGACCUGCCAUUUCUUAUCCAACUAUGUGCUCAUUCCCCGGUUUGGCAACGGGCGCGGGUUCCUCGAGUACGUCGUGCCAUUGCUGAGGGCAGAAGAGGUGGCGCCUCACUUCAAGGCCGCAUUCGAUGCUUGUGCCAUGGCUAGCUAUGCCAACGCACAAGGUGACCAGCUGCUGGUCGAGCGCGCUCUACGCACGCAUUCAAAGGCGUUGGGUGCCAUAAACGUAGCCUUGAACAAUCCCGACACCAUCAAGCAGGAUUCCACGUUGGCAGCCAUUCUCUUGCUGGGUCUCUUUGAGAACAUAACAACCAGAAAUCUCGGCAUGCUGGCCUGGGGACCACACAUCCGUGCGGCCAUCCAGCUCGUCCGGAAGCGAGGCCGCAAGCAACUCCGGACCAAGAUAGGGGUAGCCUUGUUCAUAGCGGUCCGAACCCAAAUGAUUGUGCACACGCUCAGUACUGCCAAACCUCCCCUGAUGCAAGUCGAGUGGUGGAUCAACUCAGAUGCCGUCCGGGACAUGUAUGCCUCUCAGUGCCAACGACUCGCCAUCCGCGCCGGAGAGAUCAGGGCAGAGGUAAACCGGCUCAUGAGCCAGCUUCCUCGCAACAUGGAAAGCGUGGAAGCCCUUCGGGACAUGAUCCGGCAGGCUCAGGCGGUGGACUUUGAAUGCAUCCGGUGGGCGGAGACGCUCCCAGAGGACUUUCGAUACCGGACGAUCCUCUGGCAGGACGAGAUUCCCGACGCCGACUACUACCAGCUCGAGGUAUUCCCGGGGCGUGUCGAUGCCUAUCCGGAUCUGUGGGUGGCCAGCCUGUGGAGCAUGAUGCGAGUCUCACGAAUCAUCCUGGCGUCUCUCGUGAUCCGGUGCGCGGCUUGGGUUUCUUCGCCGGUCGACUACCGCAUGGCGCCCGAGUACGCCACGGCGAGGCGGAUAUGCGUCGAGAGCAUUACCGACCUCAUUGCUUCGGUGCCCUACCAGCUCGGAUGGUUCAGCACGCGCAAGCACCUGUUCCAGCAGGCCAGUCUCUCCAGCUUUGCUUGCGGCGAGGACGACACCACGAAGAGCCUGUCUGGCUACUUUUUGACGUGGCCGUUGGCGUGCAUUCAGGGGCAAGACUACACGACGGACAAUCAGCGAGCGUGGGUCAAGGGACGGCUCACUUACAUUGGCAAGCAUCUCGGCGUUUCCUAUGCGCUCAUGUUGACGCAGCUCAACUACCGGACUCCAUCCAUGCUCAUCAGAAUGGAUGGCCUAAUGGCCAACAGCCCAUCUGUCAACGUCGAGAAGCUCCUGUCCAUGAAGGUUGCG